GGAAACAGACCCGUGGAUUCACGGACAUGGACGCAGUCUUGAGGAGCUGAAAUAUUGGGUGAUGUGGUCGACUGGCGGUCACGUUGUGUGAGAAACACAGCUAGCUGGAGUUCUCCAAAACCGCAGCGUCUGGUGCUGCCAACUUGUACCAUUCAUGUGUUAUCGUGCUUCUGCACAAUCCAUUUCAUAAAGGGCAGUUCCGCAGGAGUUGUUCGAAGAGUCCGCAGCGGAAAGAAUGACGUCCAGCGGCACCAAGAGCGGCAGGAAGCUGAACGCGUACGCGGCGGUGAAGGCGGACCCCAGCAGUGACUACGCCACGCCGGGAGCCUUCGACCUGGAGAAGAUGUUCUGGAGAGGGUCAGGUGCGGCGUACACGCACGUCAACGAGGUGUGGCCCAACACCUUCCUCGGAGACGAGAAGACCGCCCUGGAGCGCGAGAACCUGGAGAAGAUGGGCGUGACGCACAUCCUGAACGCGGCGGAGGGGAAGUGGAACAACGUGGCCACGGGGCCCCGGUACUACAGCGACAUGAGCGUGGAGUACUACGGCGUGGUGGCGGAGGACAUCCCCACCUUCAGCCUCAGCCCCUUCUUCUACCCCGCCGCCCAGUUCAUGGAGCGAGCCCUCAGUGAACCUCAGAACAAGCUCCUGGUUCACUGCGUGAUGGGGAGGAGCCGCUCCGCCACCCUGCUGCUGGCCUACCUGAUGAUCCACAGGGGCAUGACGGUGGUGCAGGCCAUCCAGCACGUCAAGGAGCGCCGCUGCAUCCUGCCCAACCGCGGCUUCCUCAAGCAGCUCCGGCAGCUGGACAUCCAGCUGCAGCAGCAGAGGCACGGACCGCAGAACCGCCGGAACGGGGACGGAGCACAAAACCACCAGAACGGGGAUGGAGCACAAAACCACCAGGACGGGGACGGACCGCAGCACCACCGGAACGGGGACGGACCGCAAAACCACCAGAACGGGGAUGGAGCACAAAACCACCAGGACGGGGACGGACCGCAAAACCACCAGGACGGGGACGGAGCACAAAACCACCAGGACGGGGACGGAGCACAAAACCACCAGAACGGGGACGGAGCACAAAACCACCAGAACGGGGACGGACCACAAAACCACCAGGACGGCGAUGGGACGGCGCGAGAGGAGCAGUGAGGCGCGGACAGAUGGCGGGGGAAGUCGAGGAGUCACCGUAAAGGGGCUUUUCACGCGAUCAGCGUCAAAACGCUCCACACGGCGUCAGGCCCUUCAAUUCUUACGGAGGGAGCGUUGAAGCCCGACUAGCGCACAUCUGAAAAUAAAGCCAAGUUGAGCGCCGUCAGGGUUCAAAUCGUUUAAACUUUGACCUUCGUUUGACGAUGACCUUUCCUAGCCUGUCCAAUCACAUCGCAGCUGUGCACUGUGUGAUUAUGACGUCGACAGAUGUAACCUACGCUACUAGCAAACGCAGGCAGAGCCGUUUGAUGUAACUGCGUUAGGCUGGUCAGUGUCUUGACGUUUUAGGAUAAAUCAAAGCAAGUUCAUAAUUUAGCCUUUUAUAACGUACUGCUAUCACAUAUUGUUGCGGCUUGUGACAGUUUAAUGAAGCAAUGGCUUCCUGGUUGGACAAGUUUCAGCCAAUGACGGCGCUCCACUCCUCCCAUGCGUAGCGACCGCCUGACUUGCCGCUGAAUGUAGCGUUUGAUUCUCGUCACGUGAAAGCAGCUCAAGAGGGAGUGAUGGCUCUCCCCCGCCUCAAAAUGGCCGCUAAAGCCAAACGUCUACAGCGAGCUCCGCAUCUGCAAUCUAUCAAAUGACCUGGAACAACAGUCGAGAAUUUCUGAAAUAUGAAACAACUUUUUUUUUUGGCCAGUUGGUGACCAACACUGAGGAAUGCAGGAACACAGAAUCCAAGAAAUAACAACUUCACAGGGUUUCUGCGAGUUCAUUUGGCAUAUACUGGUAUAUGGGUUCUGUGUUGGGACGUCUCCAAAUGCAUUCUUAACAAACUGCACAAAGGCUUAUAAAGACUGAACGACAGCGUACUGAGGUUUGAAACAUUCUUGCGGCUUUGCAACACAGACCGGGGGGAAAUUGAACAGGAUGGUAUAUCAGCCAAGUUGUCACAUAAAACGCACUAGGUCCGUUGUGACAGGGGGGCGAUUGUUACGCGAUGUUUUCCGAGCACGAAAUUGACAGGAAACCGGUCUGUUGAAAUCCGAGGGGGUGUGCAGUGUGAUUAAAGCAGGGUAACAAUGGACCCCGUGUCACAACAGACCCCGCACUCCCCUACAACAUGUUGCAGGUCUGACCUGCAUCAUGCUUGUACGGCAGUGUCUCAUCUUGCUUUGACGCGCAAGCAGCAGAUUCUUCUGUAACGGGAGGGCAAGGGGAAUAGCGUGAAGAAGCUGGAAUGUUUACAAUUAUGUAAAAAAUAAAGAAAUAAAAGAAAAAAAAUGGCUGCCCGAAACCAUUUUGAAUGCAUUUCACAAUACAUUUUCACAUGCAUUCACACUGCAUAUAUUUCUAAUACUAUUCAGAAAUACAUUACAUAAAUGUAUUGAAAAUCUAUAAAUAUAUUUCACAUACAUUAUACAUGAAACAAACUUUUACACGUUUUCACCUGCAGGGCUGCCAGCCACAAUUGGUCCAGGUGCAGUAUGGUCAGUGCAUGAACAUACUACACACUUAGCCUAGCAUAGCUAGCAUCCCCUGAUCAUACUACACACUUAGCCUAGCAUACCUAGCAUCCCCUGAUCAUACUACACACAUAGCCUAGCAUACCUAGCAUCCCCUGAUCAUACUACACACAUAGCCUAGCAUACCUAGCAUCCCCUGAUCAUACUACACACAUAGCCUAGCAUAGCUAGCAUCCCCUGAUCAUACUACACACAUAUCCUAGCAUACCUAGCAUCCCCUGAUCAUACUACCCACAUAGCCUAGCAUAGCUAGCAUCCCCUGACCAUACUACACACAGCCUGGUAUCUGCUGAUCAUACUACACACAUAGCCUAGCAUCCCGUUUUGGACAAAAUAACUCCAGUGUAUUAUAAAGAUAAAUAGAUACUGAUUUAUGUUCAUAUAUUUUUUUUUAUUUCUGCCACAAGAUCUCUGAAAUGUUUUAGAAUCGUACGCAUACAAACAUUGAGAUAUGCUUUAAUAUUUAGACAGAAAUCAGUUUGCAUUAUAAAACAGAAAGCUGCCUCGUUUAAGGAAAUUUGUUACAAAAAGUCAUGAAUUAUACACAUUUAGCAAUAAAACCUUUGAAGCUUAACAACUGAAAUGGGACAAAGUUUACAAUUGUAUUUUUUUUUUUUUACAGCAUUAGAAUUAACAAAAAUAUAGUUUAAUUUUUCUCCCCCUUUACAGGGAAAACCUAAGAAGGCGAUACAUUUAAAAAAUGGCUUUGCUAUGAAGCACAACACUUGUACAGUACUCUUCUGAUGCACUGUCACUAACAAAGACAUCGCAGCAUGCUAAGUGUCACUUUACAUUAAAAAAAUUAAUGUACAAUAAUUUAAAUAUAUAAAGGCAUGAGUAUAGAAGAAAACUAAAUGCCAUGACUGCCGUACAGGUACAUGUAAAAGGCUCUAAUAUCCAAUAAUGCAUUUGUAGCAGGCACAUUAUUUAGCUUCAGCGCGCGGUUCCACUUGCUGAAGCCGACUCCAUUGGCAGUUUGGUGUCAUGUACUGCACUCGUCGAAAGGAGAUUAUCGCUAAUCCGAUACGUUUUCAUUUUUAACGAUGUAAGGC